AUGUCUCCAGAAGUAACGCCCGAGUACCCUGUGAUCGCUGUGCCCGGCCCAAGGGGUUCUCCUGGCGACCACGGCACUCCAGGAAGGCCGGGCGAUCGCGGUGUUCCAGGAGAACCAGGCGGCCACGGUAUCCCAGGAACUCCGGGGCUUCCUGGUCCCCCUGGCGACCUGUCCCAGUGGUUCCAUCAGCUGUCGCUUCAGCAAGGGGGACUCACGGGGGACAAGGGUCCCGCUCCCGACGCCUUCCAGUUCAUGCAGGCUUCUGUGGGCCCCAUCGGUCCACGAGGCUCACCAGGACCACCAGGACCUCUCGGGCCCCAAGGUUUUCAAGGCCUGAGAGGGGAAAGCGGAGAAGUUGGACCGCCGGGUUCACCCGGUCCUCAAGGAGAAAGAGGACUACCUGGACUACCUGGCAAAGACGGAGACGCCGGCGAAGACGGCCGGCCUGGAGUACAAGGUUCUGCGGGUCCCACCGGUCCCAGAGGUCUGCCCGGGAUGCCAGGGUUGCCAGGCGCCAAAGGUCACAGAGGCUAUCCUGGACUGGACGGAGCCAAAGGAGAGCAAGGCCUUCAAGGAGAAAAAGGGGCUCUGGGAUCACCCGGAAAAGUUGGACCACCGGGACCUAUUGGACCGGCGGGACCCCGGGGCGAGCGAGGAAGAGACGGACCACCCGGACCACCCGGAAUACGCGGCAUCGAUGGGCUUCCUGGUCCUCCCGGCUCUCCAGGAGCCAUAGGAAGGCCAGGCCCACCAGGAUUUCCAGGCUCACCUGGAAUGAAGGGUGAUUCAGGAGGUGCCGGCCCCAAGGGAAGUCAGGGACUCCAAGGUCCACGCGGAGAGGCCGGAAAGCCCGGAGUUCCAGGAGAAAACGGCUUGAUGGGACCCCCUGGCAAAGACGGCGUUCCCGGAGAAAAAGGUGCUCAGGGGGACACCGGGCCUCCCGGGGUGCCUGGCUUUCCCGGGGCGAGAGGUCCCCCCGGACUUUCUGGGAGUCCGGGGCAGCCAGGCGUCAAAGGAACCUCGGGCAUUCCGGGCUCCCCAGGCCACAAGGGAGAGCAGGGCCUCAAGGGUGAAGGGGGACCCAUGGGCCCCAGGGGGAUCCCUGGACCCCCCGGACCGGCAGGCAAGAGGGGCAAGGCUGGACCCGGAGGUCCCCCUGGACCUCAAGGUGCUCCUGGGGAAAGGGGUCCCUCUGGGCUGAGAGGCCUGCCCGGUCCUGACGGCCUGGCCGGAGCCAAGGGGUUCCAGGGGGACAGGGGCUCUGACGGACCCCAGGGCCCCAAGGGCUCCACUGGUGAUGCGGGCAAGCCUGGGCUGCCGGGUCUUCAAGGCCUGCGUGGCACUCCCGGCCUGCCUGGAAUUCCCGGAAAAGAUGGCAUCCCUGGAGAAAGGGGCUUGCCUGGCGCAGACGGGAAGCAAGGGGAGCAGGGUCCCCAAGGCACCCAGGGACUUCCCGGACUGGCCGGACUCCCCGGACUCAAGGGCGACCAGGGCGAGGCGGGGCAGGACGGCCGCCCGGGCCCGCCGGGUCCCCAGGGACCCCGAGGGGACGUGGGCAAGGAGGGACCUGCGGGCCCUCCCGGAUCUCCCGGACCCCACGGGGAGCACGGAGAGAGGGGCCCUCCCGGACCCAUGGGCACCAGGGGAUUUCAGGGUCUCCCGGGCCUGGCCGGCAGUGUGGGCGCCCCUGGCAAGGACGGCCAGGCGGGGCCCUCUGGCCCCCCCGGACCCCCCGGUGCCACAGGGGAGAGGGGAGACAGGGGCUUCCCGGGGGAGAGGGGCAGGGCGGGGCUGCCUGGCCCACAGGGGGCACGGGGAGAUGCAGGACCACCGGGCUCAGACGGCGCGCGGGGUCUUUCUGGCGAGAAAGGGACCAAGGGACAUGCUGGACCUCCAGGAAUGGUGGGGCUUCCCGGACGCAGGGGCGACGCGGGGCAGCCGGGCCCCAAGGGGUCCAGGGGAGACCACGGCCCCACCGGGCCGGAGGGGCCCCCGGGGAGGACUGGAGAGCAGGGACCGCAGGGCCCCGUGGGGCAGCCUGGACCGCACGGGGAGCCCGGAGAAAAGGGGGAACCUGGCACCCCUGGUUUACUGGGACCCCCUGGCGCGCCCGGGGCUCAAGGGGACAGGGGACUCACGGGGGCACAGGGACCGCCAGGAUUCCCAGGACCCACUGGGGCCCCCGGAGCAGCGGGCCCCAAGGGGGCCUACGGCAUGCCCGGCCCCAAGGGAGAGCAAGGCAAUGCGGGACACCAAGGCACUCCCGGCGAGUCCGGACCCCAGGGUAUCCAAGGCCUCCCGGGACCCAAGGGACCUCGUGGUGAAGCUGGCUUGAAGGGAGAUGCCGGGUUCAUGGGCGCCCCGGGGAGGCCGGGUGAACCGGGUCGUCCAGGGGAACCGGGGAACCCUGGGGCACAGGGACCACCGGGAAUCACGGGCAUCAAGGGAGCCACGGGCGAUGCGGGCAAGAUGGGUCCUGCCGGCCCUGUGGGCAACCCGGGCAUACCCGGUUUUGCGGGUCCCAAGGGGGAGUCCGGCUCAGAGGGACCCUCGGGCCUUCCCGGACCUCCUGGGCCCCACGGCCCGCAGGGGGAGAGGGGCCUCCCAGGGUUGCCCGGACUGCAGGGACCGCCUGGACCGCUGGGAGCAAGGGGACCGCAGGGGGAGAAAGGCCAGGAGGGAAAAAGGGGCAGCGACGGUCAGACGGGCCCCCAGGGAGCACCGGGACUCCAGGGCCCUCCCGGAGUGCCCGGAGAGGCUGGACCCACUGGCCACCCGGGAAAAGAAGGCCCCCCCGGAAUCUCGGGACGUCCGGGAGACAAGGGACCCGUCGGCGCACCGGGACAACCGGGACCGCCCGGCGCCCAGGGGCUGCAGGGCCAGCCGGGUCCCCCCGGCCCCAUGGGCUCGACGGGCGAGCGGGGAGAGAGGGGGGAGGCUGGUCCCAUGGGGGUCCAGGGCCCCCAGGGCCAGAGGGGGGCCCCCGGUGCCCCCGGCGCCCAGGGCUCCAAGGGGGACAGGGGCACAGCCGGGGAGCGGGGCGCCAAGGGACACAGGGGCCUCGCCGGACUCCAGGGGCUGCCAGGAGGAACGGGGCCGCCGGGAGACAAGGGACCCGUCGGCCAUCCCGGCCCACCAGGAAGCCCCGGUCCCGCGGGCCCCCGCGGUCCCCCCGGGAGGGACGGCUCGCAGGGGCCUCAGGGCCUGGUGGGUGCACCCGGCCUGAGGGGCCCCCAGGGGGAGGCCGGCAAGCCGGGCACGCCCGGCAACCCCGGGCCCGCCGGACCCCCUGGCCGUCCGGGCGAACCCUUCGGCUACGACGCUGCUGCCCUGCACGCCAUCAUGGGCCAGGGUCAGGUGAAGGGCCCAGACCCGCUGUCCGGUGACGAGCCGGCCAAACUGUUUGACGCCAGCGUCCCGGUGGAAGAGAAGAAGCGCAUUGUGUUUGAGUACUACCGCAAGCUGGUGGAGGAGUACGAGCGCCUGCGGAGCCCCACAGGGGACAAGGACGCCCCCGCCAAGACCUGUCGGGACCUGGCCAUGGCGCACCCAGAGUUGCCCGACGGCACCUAUUGGAUCGACCCGAACGAAGGAGAUGUCAAGGACGCCAUCCAGGUUCACUGCGACAUGGCCAACAAGGCCUCCUGCAUCACACCUUCCCCCGACAAGGUUCCCAAGAAGGCCCACUACCUUGGACGCGGCAAGCAUACCUGGUUCAGUGAAAUGCCUGGAGGAUUCCAGCUGACGUACAAGAUCGACCGGGUGCAGCUGACCUUCCUGCAGAUGCUGAGCACGUCGGCGGUGCAGAACGUGACCUACCUGUGCCGCGGCUCGGUGGCCUUCUACGACGCGGCCAAGAAGAGCCACCGCCGGGCCCUCAAGCUCAUGGCCUACAACGACCUCGAGCUGAGCGCCCCCGUACCGGACAGGGAGACCAACCCGGCCUUCACCUAUGCCGCCCUGCACGACGGCUGCCAGACGCGCCAGGACGAGUGGAGCUCCAGCACACUGCAGUACAAAUCGGAGAAGCCACAACGUCUGCCCAUUGUGGACGUUGCACCCAGAGACAUUGGCUUCAAGGGGCAGGAGUUUGGUCUCGAGAUCGGAGCUGCCUGCUUCUUCUAGCCUCAUCCUGAUGUCGAGUCAACUCAAGCCUUCCUAUUAGGCCUCUGGCCUCAACUGUGUUCGUUUUGUUCAUAGCAUUACGUGAAUCUAUUGUUAACAAGCUGGGACACUGCCAGUCUUUUUUUUUAGGACCUUUUCUUUUUAUUAAUAAAAAGAUAUUGCGAGAGACUUGUCCUGUUUCAAUGCUGGCAA